GCCUAACCCAGUCCAGCAGGUUGUGGCUGGAUGAUAAGAUACAGUGUGAAACAAACAUCUGUUGAGAAUAGGAAUGAUGAAGUCCACUGUGCUGCUCCUCUCUCUGCUGCUGCUGGCCUUCUCUGCUCUGUGUCAGGAGGACCACGCAGAUUUGUCUGAAACUCCUAAGACGGAUCCUGCACCCCCCAAUCCAGAUGUCCCGGCUGAACGCUCAGAGCCUCAGUGUGUCAACAUGAAUAACGUCUGCACCAAAGAGUACAAGCCCGUCUGUGGAAGUGAUGGAGUCACGUACAGCACUGAGUGUGUCCUCUGCCAGCACAACAGGGAAAAGACGGCUAACGUGAAGGUGGUGAGGAAAGGACCCUGCUCCUCCUAACUCUGCUUCACCUGAGUUUAAGCAUGCUGCUACACCUGUCUGAACAAUAAAGUUAAACAUUCUGCA